GAUGCAUCGGAUAACGAGCCGCUGCAGCGCACCUUCACGGCGAACACGGCGAAGGGAGUUGACUCUGACGAGGAUGCGCUGUGCCAGGUGCGCCAGUUUAUCGAUUCGGAGAAGCUGGCGCAGGAGCUCUGCGAGGAGGAGGGGCAGGAUCGGAAGGAAAAGGACGCCUCGGGGGCCUCGGGCAGCACGGACGGCGGUCUGCCUGCGACUGCUCCCGCGGCAGACGCGGUGAGUCGUGCAGCGGGCCUUGGUGAGUCCUGGCAGGCUGGUGGUUCGCCGCUUCCAGAUCGCGAUCCUCGCGGUGCCGAGCUCCCUGGCGUGGCAGAGCUCGCGGAGCUGGCGCCGAAGGACGGCGCGCCGACGGACAGUGCGCCGAAGGACAGCGACAGCGACAGCGAGGACCUAAAGGCAGAGGAGGAACGUGUUCUGCGAGAGGCUGAGGAAGCGAGGAGAGCAGUCAUCGCGCAGGAGGCGGCUGCGCGUGAGGCAGAGGAGAACGCUGAGCGCCAGGAGGCUGAGCGCAAGGCGAAGGAGGACGAGGCAGCCAGGAAGGAACAGGAGGGGGCCGAGUGGCUGAGGCGCGAGCAGAAGCGCUGGAUGGAAGAUCGCGAGGCGCGCAAUGAGGCUGCAAAGAAAGCGAGGGCUGCUGCGCAGGAGGCAGAGGAAGAAGAGGCCAAGAGGCAGGAGGCAGCUGAGGAAGAGGCGAAGAGAAGGCAGGAGAAGAAAGAGAAGAGGAUCGCACAGAGGCAGCGCAUCGAAGAGCUCAAGAAGGCGACCGCUGAGGCGCGCAGGCAAGACGAGCUGCUGAGUGAGAAGAUGAAGCAGGCAGAGGAGAGAGAGAAGCUCGCGAAGGCUCGCAUGGAUGAGGUACAGCGUUCGAUCGAGACGAGCCAGAAGCUGCUUCGGUCGGCAGAACCUGCGCUCGGUGACUAUCCUGGUGGGAAGGACCUCUCGGGAUGCACUUAA